AGACGUCUGACUGCUUUUCAUCUGAACCUAGUACUAUCAAAGUAGUUCCUUCGUUGUGUAGGACUUCAGGCAGGCGCAGUACCAUGGCGACUAUGGUUAUAAACCAGCCACAGGCUGGCGGUGCGCAGCAGCCGAUCGCUGUGGCAGCUACGAAUGUAACCAUGGUCCCAGCCACUGUUGCCCAGCCUGAAGCACCCGCUGGAGCACCCGCACCUCAAGCAGUGGCUCAGACUCCGACUGCGGCAACCAAGCCACCCGCAGAGCGUCCGACACUGGAGAGCGCCUUGGAACAUCAAGAGUUGUGCAAAGUCCGGAAGGUGCAGAGCUCCUUCGAGGCUGUUCGGCGCAUGGCAAAUCAGAAUGGACUUGAUCUCCCAAAACAGCUAGCUGACAUGGGAUUUGCAAGGUGAGACAUUAGAAGUUAUUUGAAGUGGUGAGCUUUUUUUUGUGCUUUUGGUUCUCUUAUUAUCGAAAAAACUGCGAGCGACGCCGACGUCUGUUGAGUCUGUGUAGCCUUACGCAGACACGAAUUGAAAUCAUUUUUUGACUUGGCAUGCGCAUGGUGCUCUAUGAAUUGAUAUCUUCCACUACAUCAAUAUCAAAUAAGUUAUUUGAAAUAACUAUUUAUUACAGGUUUGAAGAUUUUAUUCUUCAAUGUGAUAAAUUUAUGAUGGGAUGUAGUCCCAUGGCAUUCUGCGAACUUGGUCCGGGGAUGGUGUUAUACUUUGACUUCUUGAAGUACCUGAUCUUCUUGUCGAUUUUCAUCCUGAUGUUCUACGCUCCCGCAAUGUUCGGCGCAUUCCAAUGCCACAAGAAUCGGGAUGAUUAUCUGGCAUUGUGGAGUCCCGGGGAUCCGAUGGUCAAUAGCAAUUUCUGCUCCAUGGGGAACGCAGGACCAGGUGGACUCGACAAGGCGUGGGUUGUUUGGUUACUUAUCUUUCUGCUGCUCCUACUGAACAUCUCCACGGGAAUCUACGGAGUUAUGAAAAGCCAUACUAGCUUACCGCACAGUAGAUGACACCUAUUUAGACCUGCAUACAUAUAACUAAAGGAUGUGGCCCCCGACGAGGCAUCGAUCAGCAAAAUUAGUUGUACUAGUUGCUGACCAGUAACCACUACUGCUUGACGCCGCAGCAGCUGCAGUUCUCACUGUGAUACUCCAGCAAAUAUUUUUGAUGUCGGUCUUCGUCUUGUUAGUCAUCGUCUAAGCAACCACGGCAGAAGCGUAUUGACGCGCGAUGUGAUGCCGCAUCCGUGCAUCCGAACGAUUAUGCAGUUUUCGUAGAUAAUUUGCCGCGAAGCGGUCCGGAGGGGUGUGAGGAAGACCGCAUCAAAGCCUAUUUCGAAGACAAUGCUGUCGACCGAGAUUGGCUUUGUUCAUCUUUCCCACUGCGGGGCAGUAGUAUGGAUGGUUGUAAUUAUAUUAAAACUCGAAGUUUAUUGAUGGAGAACAGAUAUCAGGAUUGUUGUUAGGGGAGGAGGGGCGAACGAUUGAUUUACAUAGAACCGGAAAGACAAUAGACUUUUUUCGAACCACAACUUUCCUUCUAGAAGUCGGCUCUAGAAGUAGGUGCAGCUGCAGUUGUAUUUGGUAGAACUUUUUUAUCCCAUGGCAAGUCCAAGUACUCUAUUUUUUAUACUGCUGGGAAACGGCGGAAGAUCCAUUGAUAUUGAUGCCUACCCCAACGGCCCUUUCUCGUUUCAUUCUUUACACUGGUAAAGUAGAGGUUGCGAAAGUGGUUAUCGCAUGGGACAUCGGAGUGUUUGCGUCAUACACCCAAAAACAGCGCCAGCUCGGACAGGCUUACUGGAAGUUGUUGAAUCAAGGCGUGGACAAGGAUGAUCCUCGCGCUGUCGCACUAAAACACCAGUUCCAACAGGUCACAGACGAGUUGAAGCAGAGCCAGAUGGCCCACAAUCUCAGGGGAAGUGGCGUCGCCAUUGUAGUCUUUGCGGAUCAACGUGUCCACCGACAAUGCCUAGAGAAGUGGGAACGUUCGAUUUUGCUCAGAUUCGCAAAAUUUUUGGAAGACUGGUGCGCUGCGCCCGAUUGCUUGUUAUGGAUGAACACGUCGUCUGGGCCUGUAACUGUAUCAUGUUUGUUCCCUCUUAGUCUUACUUUGACUUUGUCCUGAAAUAAAACAUCUCGUCAUGAUAAUCUCACAUCUUUGAAAUACAUCACGGGUAUAUGUUGAGAAUGAUCAUGAGCCAACUACAGGCACCCGCACCAGCCGCUCACAAACUUCUUUGCAUCUUGGAAGCAGCAAGAAGCCCAACCAUAUCCAUUUCUCAUAAUAUUCUAACUUCGAUCUUGUUCCUCGCUUGGCUGAAGGGUGCGCCGCUCUACGGAGGAAGAUUACUUACUGUCCAACGUGCGCCUAAUCCAUCGGAUGUGAAUUGGGAAGACCUGGGGCGAAGUGCAUGGGAAACAAGCCUUCAAAGAUAUCAACUUUACAGCGUGAUGGCUGUGCUAAUCGGUAUUUGCUUUGCGUGCACCUUUGGCUUGCACCUCUGGGGCGAGGAUCUGAAGGAGAACUCUUCGUCUUAAGGAAUGCGGCUUACUUUGUUUUUGCUUUCGUUUGAGUCUACCUCGUCAGGUUGCCUUGGUUUCUUUUGCUCUUCGGAAGUAAGUUCAAAUUAUAGCGCUUAAUCUCGAUAGGAUUUUUUCGUGAUGAACCGAUAUUCUCAUCUCUAAUGGCGCGGGGGCGGGACGGCAUUAAGCAUCAUUCCAGCGCUAGUGGUUGCUCUUUUGAAUGCUGUGCUGCUCUAUGCGUCUAGAGAGCUCACUCAGCAUGAGUAUCACCAGACCAAAACAAGCGAGGACGGGUACUGAUCAUAGGCGAAGACCAUGUAAAAAUAUUCUAUUAUACCAUAAGGAUACUCUUUCCUGCUUCUAAGUCUAAUCAAGAAAGUAAUACUCUUUGGGAGUCUAAUAAUUAUAUCAAUAUCUCUACUCAUCUUCCUGUUGAGUGUCAGUGAGAAGAAAUAGUCUAGCUCUAGUCCUCCUAUCUCUUCUCGUUGAACCUCACAUUUUGUAGGUCCACAACGAUCAAGAUGACUGCCGCGAUGGUGAUCAACACAUCGUUCAUUCAGAUUAUCAUUCAUCGAGACCCUGCAGACUGGUUUCUCAGCGAGAACGGACUUGCGAUUGGCAUGUGCAUAAUGAUCGCGAUUCACGCUCUCAUCAUGCCUUUCUUUGGAUUUUGCGACUUUGCUUUCUACAUGCGGCAACGCCUUUUCGCAAGCAAAGUAAAUUUCGAGACCACGAAACUCCCAAAAGAUAAAGUCUACGAGUGGUGGACACCAAGCGAGCUCGACCUUCCGCGUCGAUACGCAGUUGCCCUUAAACUCUUUCUCACUUCGUUCUUGAUCAUGUUACGAAACGUACGAAAAUCUUCCUAGCACUCACUGCUGACUAUAGUUACCUUUUGAAACUUUUCAUUUUUCACGAAAGUUUUUUUUACUUUUUCAGUAUGUAUGUCUAUGUAUGCUAGAUAUUUGAGGUCGUCGAUGAGACGAGCUGUUAUAAUAGUUUACAGAGUUUCGAUGUUUUCUAAGCUGGCCAAUUUUCCCGUGGGCAAUGGUGCUGUCUGCAGUGGGCCUCGGACUGCAGUACGCGAUCGACAAGUGGAUGCUGUUGAAUAAGUUGAGCCGGCCCAAGUUCACGAAAAAUGCGCAAAACGCGAUGAACGCGCUCACCGUGAUGCAGUUUUUUAUCGCCGUCUGUGCUCCACUUGUCUUCUUCUUUUUCGUAAAAAGGGCCUUCACUAGCGAUCUCCGGUCCAUGUACGAGGGCCUUACUGUAUUGAUCACCCUCAUCGGCGUAGCAAGCAUAGUGGUUCCACGCCCUGUAUGGCGGCAACUAACAAAAACAUUGCUUGUGUGGCCGGGAACGGUGUGUGAGCAGCUCAUUUUGGGAGAACCGGUCCCAGACACGGCUAUGGACAUCGACUACUACGAAGCACAGUGCAUGUGGGGAGCGGGAAUGAAGUACCACAAGGUGCACCCACUCUACGCGGCACUCCCAGAGGCUGCAAAUCCAGAAAACCUGACACGAGAGAAUCAAAGGGGAAACUCACCGACCCUCGACGUAUUUUCGGGAAAUCAGCAGGCAGUGGCAUCGAGUACAUAAAUUUAGUUUCAGCGAGUUUCAAACUCAAUUUCUUUCGCUCUCAGAUAGACUCGCGAAGAAAAGUUAGUGACAGUCGAUGUGAGGCGCAUACACCUUAUGUGGCUGUCGGUUACUAAAAGAUAAGUCGAACACAGCCGAGAAUCGAAGUCGGGAUUUCAAUAUUUUGAUUCUACUUCCUUGCAAAAACUUGCUGACCCUGCCAUCGAUCUUAUACCUAACUACACAGUAUUUUCUUAUACAGAUCUCAGCAACGUACUUAUGGCGCGGCAGCAGCCUGGUCAGUCGAUGUUCAUGGCCGCUCAACCAGUUAUAAUUCCGACGCAGGGCAUCGGCAUGCACCAGCAGCAGCCAGGUACUAUGGGAAAUCCUUCCUUGGGUGUCUCAACAUCCUCUUACGGAUCCAAUCCGUAUAUGGUGUAUGCGCGAAACUACGGAGGUCCGGGUGGUGCCAUGAUAGGCUUUUCAGGGCGGGGAAGCGGUGGAAGCGCAGUAGUUGGCGACAGGAUGAAUACUAGUGCCGGAUCCGUCGGGUCAGGAUAUGUUGCUCAGCCUGCUCAGCCGAGUUAUCUCGCUCCUCAUGCGGGCGUUACAGUGCCAUCACCCUCGCCUGUAGGAGGAGGUAUGAUGAUGGCCCAGUCCUCGACUGAAGGAGUGGGAGCUGCACAGCUCGGAGGCACUCAACAGAGUGGGCCGUAUUAUGUGAUCGGCACCGGAGGUCAACAAGAGCAACAGCAGCCGGCGAUGAUGUACCAACAGCCAGGCGCACAACAGCCUGUGAUGAUGUACCAGCAGCAACCGGGAAUGCAACCACAAAUGAUAGGUCAACCGAACAUGGGCCAGCCGCAGAUGGCACAGCCACAAGUAGCAGCGCAAGGACAACAAGCUCAUGCAAGCGGCCGGCAUAUUAAUCCGGCUGCUCAAGCCGCAUAUAACCUAGCAGACAAUGCUCGCGGAGUCGCGCAACGAAUCCGUAAUGUCUAUACGAUUCCUUCUUCCUCGGUGCAGACCGUUAGACGAUGAUAACACACUGGAAACGGCUCUCUCUACGUAUACUACAAUUUCCACAUUCGUUUCGCCAGUCCGAUUCCUUUCAGCGCAGAGUGAUUGCUUGUUUAUCGACGUCGUUCUCGGUCUCCGCAUGCAUGACAAAUUGAAUCCUGAAAACCCUAGCUAUCUCGUAGCACUUGAUUCAUGUGCUGUGGAUGAACCAAACGUGAGAAAGCAUAUCUUCGGAUCAUCUGAUCAUCAUUACUGAUGUAGUUGCACAGCCGUGCAGCUGCAGGAGCUUGAACCUAAUUUUAGUACUUUAUUCUGUCG